ACAUUAGGCAACCCACCAUCUCCUACAACUCCUGAUUCAGGGGAACUGAUGCCCUUAACUGGGCUCUGUGGGCUCUGUAUGCACUCAAGCAUGUAUACAUACCGGAACAUAAAGAAAUACAUCUGGCAGUGGCGCGAGUUCGGCAGUGAGGCAACAUGUCGUUGCCGACGAUCCCUUCGCGUCUGUACUCCUUGCUGUUCCGCAGAACUUCCACCUUCGCCCUCACCAUCGCAGUGGGCGCCCUGUUCUUCGAGCGUGCCUUGGAUCAGGGCGCAGACGCGAUCUAUGAGCACAUCAACGAGGGGAAACUGUGGAAACAUAUAAAGUUCUUGUAUGAGAACAAGGAGUAACACCCUGCCCCUGUGGGGCCCGAAGGAACAGUCGCUGGUCAGCUGUUUGCCUGGAGUUGGGGCCUCAGCCUAAGGAUGAGUUUUAUUUGCUGUU